GCGCCGAGCUCUGGUGACAGCACCCGCCUGCUGACCGCGGUACCCGCUAGAGGUGCAGGCUGACAGAAGCCCAGCCGCCCGCCCCGUCUAUGGUGAUGGAAUGAUGGGGUCUAACUGAUUCUCAGCUUGUUGGGCCCAGUGAAGACUGGCACUGAGGUUGCCAUCAUGUCCUAUACUUGUUACUGAGAAGACCAGUGAGAAGCCUGACCUAAGCAUCAUGAUCUCCAUGAUUACAGAACAAUUACAAAAACAAAGUCUGGAGGACCUGAAAUGCAAAUCUUUCAGUAUAAGUCUGCCACUGCCUGAUCAUCCAGACCCUGAGGGGUGCAGCAGUCCGUACCAUUUUGUGACAGAAGAACGCUCCUGGGGCAUUGUUAGUCAUUGUCCACGGAUUGAACUUGAAGAUGGAAUCCGACCCGGUUGCCAUCACCUCUCCAGCCUGAGUCUUCAUUUUCCUGUUUUAAGUAGAGAGAACUCGCCAAACAGCAGAGACCCUUCACAAGCACCUGAGGAAGGGAACUCUGCGGCACCUCCAGCCCCACCAACAAAAAGACACUGCCGCUCCUUAUCAGUGCCAGAGGACCUAUCACGCUGGAGGCCUAUUUGGAGGCCUAGUGGUUCUAAAGUUUGGACUCCUGUUAAGAGGAGAUGUAACAGUGGUGGGGUUGGAGCAGUACUGGGAGUGCAGACUCAAAGUCCAUCUCAAGGGGUCUCCAGUCUCAGGUUCCAAAAUGACCCCAGUGCCUCUUUUCGCUGCAUCCAAGCCAACAGCCCUCCCUUCUUUAGCCUGGCUUUGUGCCGGGAGUCACCAUGUCCCUACACCCUUUCCCCAACCACUAUAUUCUGGGAGAACACAGAAGGGCCAAGCUGCUUUCCUUUGCAGCGCCGGUUUUCCCUCUCUCCUGUACUCAUCAAGGAUGCAGGACGGUUCCUCCCUUCAGCCAGCAGCUCCCCACCUUCCACACCAGAGCUGGUCCGGCGACAGCAGUGUAUGCCCCGCAGCCAAUCACAGCCUUGUGACCUUGACACGAGGAAAUGUGGACUCAAGCGAAGGCACGAGGAAGAUACACGGUGGCAUCGUCCUUCUCUGGACUUCUACAAGAUGAACCAGAAUGCUGGUGCUAUGUGUUUUUUGGACAACUCUGACGAAGGCAGCUCUUCUCCUUUUAUGGCUUGUCAUCGGGAGUCUCCUUGCACUUCUGGAAGUCCUGUCACAACUUGCACAUUGGCACUUAGUGAAGAAGAUAUGGGUAGGAGGGAUCACUCGUCCUGCUCCCAGGCAAUGCUCUUCCAGCACGAUUUUGCGGACCUGGAUUUAAAUCUAAUUGAAGAAAAUUAACACUCUCAGGAAACAUCAUACUACAAACGGAGUUCUGUUCGUAAGGUGGAUGUAUGAAUGAGAGUGUCUGGGUGCCUGCUGCAGGCCACCACCAAGAGACUUGCACCAAGAGCAUUCCACAAACCUUCUAACCUUCAUGACAGAUAGGAAUUGUUUGGGGGAGUAGGGUAUAAGGGAGUCGGCCAAAAGUUCCAAUCUAUUGCUAAAGGAGUAGCCUGAGGCAGGAUCAUCUGUACUCCCAACCUCUGAUUUCCCAGUGAUUCUGCUGGCGUUGGGAUCUCUCAUUACCGUGUUACAAAACUUUACAUAAAGGGUGCUGUGGGAUUGCUUUAUUUUUAUAUUGAUGGCUUUUGGAAGGAUGUGUUCUGCACUGCCCCAAGGGGAUCACAUGCAAAUAGAGGCAUGUGAUUAA